CGAUAAUAUCUACAGUAAUUAAACAUAACCUCACUUUUUUUUUAUUAAUUUCACUUUAUAAACAUUUGUGAAAUAAAUAAUCCUUUUUCUGUGUAAAACUGCUAUGGGUAGAAAUCAUCGUCACAAGAAGGACGUCCGUGCAGAAAAGGCCAAAGUGAAACUAAAACAGUCAAAAACGAAAUUCCUUCCCAAGGGCCAGAAUGUUACGAACACCACAUUCAAAAUCAAACCAAUUGUGGUCAACGAGCAGCUCAAAGACAAAAGUUCGGAGGACGUCCUCAGUAAGAGGAAGCUAAACAUUAAGGACCUUUUAAGUCGCAUUAAACAUUAUAACGAGAAUGUCAGGCAUAGUGCAUGUGAAGAGUUAACAGAAAUGAUUAAAGUACAUGCAGAAGAAAUUGUACAGCAACAUUUAAUGUCUGUGUGUUUAGCUGUUAGUGGCCUAAUGCAAGACCGAGAGAAGAAAGUUAGGAAAUCAGCUGUGAAAUGUGUUGAAACCAUUUUGGGACAUGUAUCUGCUGAACACCUUCAUCCCUUUUUCGAAUAUUUCUCCACCAAUCUCCGUUGUGCCAUGACAAAUAUAGACAAAAAUAUCCAGGAAGACUCCUUGCUAUUCCUCGACUGUUUUAUUAAAGGAGACAGCAGUCUGAUUUAUAAAUCUUACGAGAAACUGCUUCCGGACUUUUUAUCCCUGAUUUCAAAACUGAGAAGCGAUUCCCAACUAGGAAGGACCCUUACCUUGAAUUUGGGCAGCAAAAUGACCAGUGUGACAUGGAGAAUAAAGGUUUUAAGUAGACUGCAUGCGGUGCUAAAAAUAAUUUUAAAAAAUCAAAAAGGUGAUGUGGAUAUGGAGUGUGAGGAGGAGCAGAAUGUUUUUGAUGCCUCUACUAAUUCCACUUUCCCAUUAUAUAAUAGGAAAAUCGGAUAUCUAUUGGAGCAUCCCUGCCUGGAUAUAUUUUCCAGUGGCAACAAUAUUGUUAGCAGUAACAGUGAUAGUAUUAACAGACAUAUUGUUACCCUUGUGCCUUUAUUGUAUGAAACGUGGUUGGAAGUGAUGCCUGAGCAAAAAGUACUGAAAUCUUCUGAAAGCACCGUCCUUACUGAGGAAAUGGCUGCUUUACUCUCUUGCAUCACUAAUACAUUGUACUUGCUAUGGCAGUACAUUAAAACAAUUGAAAAUGAUCAUGUAAAUCAGAGGACGGUAUUUUUGUCACAAGAGGGCCAAAAGUUUCUGAGUCAUUUGCUCGAGAACUUCCCUUAUUGCCAUACAGGGUUGCGAUCGAAAAAAUCCAAAAAUAGCAGCUUGAACGUUCUGGAACAUAACACAGAUCCGAAAUGCGUCCAGGAGAAUUUGACGAUUUGUUUCUUGUAUUUGACUUUAUACGUGAAUUGUACGCAGAAGAAUGUGAAAAAGGACGCUUUGCCUAUUUUGGAGUAUUUGAUUAAAAUUUUCUUCCAAAAACAAGCCAUAAGAGAACAGAGCCUCCAGUGCCUCCUAGAACUAUUAACCGAAUGCCUGGGCGAAAACUAUAAACUAUGGCAAAAAAGCGACAUCGAUUUACAACUAAUACUAGAAAACGCCAUAGCGUUUUACAACCACGGCAAGAUGAGUGACCGCAGUAAACUGAAACUUUUGCAAAUUCUAGCAGCAGUUUUAGACAAUGAUCAGCUCAAACAAAACGUUAAGUAUCAGAACUGGCUGGCCACGUUGCCGGACCUCUUAUGCCAGCCCUGUAUAAUGGACAACAUUGUAGCAGAACUACUGAAAAUCUCCAAAAAGAAUUGUCACAUUUUUUAUGCGGCUUUACUAAAGAAAUUACCCGUGAUACUUGAUAAUUUGGAUACGGUGAAACUCUCGAUCAGUUCGGAAUCUUUACUGCAAAACGAGGCUACAACAAAAAGAGAUUUCGCAUUUAUUUUUUAUUAUUUGCCGGAGUACUCGAGGAAGGACUUGGAGGUUUUGACUAAGUUUAUUGCAAAGUCUUCUCAGACUAACUGGGGUGAUUAUUUUAAGAGAGUUUUAGCUUUAAGGGAGUCUGACGCAAGGAGAUUAUGACCUAAUUAAAUUUCUUUAGGCAAAUGGAUGAACCAGUGUUUUUUGAUAACUUUUUAUGGUAUAUUUACGUUUCCAAUAAAAAGAAUUUACAUCCUUAAAA